AUGUCCCUCCAAACCACCCCCCUCGCCUUCCUCGGUGGCGGCAACAUGGCCUCCGCCAUAAUCUCCGGCCUCCUCCGCAACUCCGUCCCCGCGAGCAACAUCCACGUCUCGGAGCCCUGGGAACCCAACCGCACCAAGAUCGCCGCACUGGGCGUGCAAACCACCACCUCCAACAUCACCGCCGCUGCCGCCGCCUCCAUCGUCAUCAUCGCCGUGAAGCCCCAAGUCGCCAAAGCCGUAUGCGAGGAACUCAGUGCCUCCUGGGCUGAAUCCUCCCGGUCCACUCUCCCAAUAGUGGUGAGCAUUGCUGCUGGAAUCACAGUGGAAAGUUUACAGAACUGGUUGAGCGAGAAGAACAAUGGAAAAGUGCCGGGUGUUGUGCGCGUGAUGCCGAAUACCCCUGCUUUGGUGACGGAGGGAGCGAGCGGGGCGUUUGCGGCCAAGGAGGUGGGUGAGAAGGAGAGGGGGCUUGUAGAGGAGUUGUUGGGCAGUGUGAGUCGGGUUACGGAGUGGGUGGACAAGGAGGAGUUGUUGGAUGUGGUUACGGGGCUUUCGGGAUCCGGUCCAGCGUAUUUCUUCGCCAUGGUGGAACAUCUUGUUGCCAGUGCUACGGCUCUCGGAUUGACCAAGGAGCAGGCGACUAGGUUGGCGGCGCAGACGUGUCUGGGUGCGGGUAAGAUGUUGGUUGAGUCGGAGGAUGAGCCGGCGCAGUUGAGGAAGAAUGUGACGAGUCCGAAUGGAACGACGUUUGCGGCGUUGCAGACGUUUGAGAAGUUGGGGUUUGCGGAUACCGUCGAUCAGGCGGUUAAGGCGGCGACGGAUCGGGCGGCGGAGUUGGGGGAGAGUUUGGGGAAAUAAUUUAUUCCUUUCGUUAGUGGUGAGGUGGAGAUGUGAUGUUGUAUGGGAUAUAUGGGAGGAGCAAAAGAUGUACCAAUCUGCUAUGAAGACGAGAUCAACAAAGCAAUGAAGUUACGUGAACUAUGAGAUAGCUAUGAACC